UGAAGGUAGCGAGUUAAGCUACGCAGGCGUGUCUGGGCGUCACGUAAACCCGGAAAGGAGAAACAAGGAAGACGUUGAGUUUCAGAGAAGUCAUUUUCUGUCGAACCAAGCACCACAAAUUAGUCAAAUAAAAUGUCUAACAUUAGAAAGAGAGAUUGGAAACCAGACCAUGUCAUCAUUCAGGAAAACCCACACAUUUUGCAAACCCACGAAGCUUUGGUGGAUCUGAUAAGUGGACGAGACACUAAACACACCUUUAUGGAUUUGUUCAACUCUGGCAUGUUUGGUCUUGAUUUUGUCAACCCCAUGAUUGACUAUGUUGACGAUGACGAAGACUAUUAUGAUGACAGAAAGCUGAAAAAUAAUAAAGCCUAUUGCGGAUUUGCACAGAAUUUUUUAGGGCAUAGUGUCCCAAAGAAAUCAUUAACCCCCCACCCACGUAUAAGACAACUCACUCCUGAGGAAGCUGAAAAAAACGCCAGAGAACUUAUAGAAGAAGAGAACAAACUGAAAGAAAAAGCAGAAAAGAAAAGACUUAAAAAGAUGCGACAGAAGGAGAGGAAACGUGCAGGGAAAGAAAAGGAGCCUGAGGAGCCAGGGAGGUCCAGCCCCUCAGAGAAUCCGGAGCCAGGGCCAGGGAGGUCCAGCCCCUCAGAGAAUCAGGAGCCAGGGCCAGGGAGGUCCAGCCCCUCAGAGAAUCAGGGGCCAGGGAGGUCCAGCCCCUCAGAGAAUCAGGGGCCAGGGAGGUCCAGCCGCUCAGAGAAUCAGGAGCCAGGGAGGUCCAGCCCCUCAGAGAAUCAGGGGCCAGGGAGGUCCAGCCCCUCAGAGAAUCAGGGGCCAGGGCCAGGGAGGUCCAGCCGCUCAGAGAAUCAGGGGCCAGGGCCAGGGAGGUCCAUCCCCUCAGAGAAUCAGGGGCCAGGCAGGUCCAUCCCCUCAGAGAAUCAGGGGCCAGGGCCAGGGAGGUCCAUCCCCUCAGAGAAUCAGGGGCCAGGGCCAGGGAGGUCCAGCCGCUCAGAGAAUCAGGGGCCAGGGCCAGGGAGGUCCAUCCCCUCAGAGAAUCAGGGGCCAGGGCCAGGGAGGUCCAUUCCCUCAGAGAAUCAGGGGCCAGGGAGGUCCAGCCGCUCAGAGAAUCAGAGGCCAGGGCCAGGGAGGUCCAUCCCCUCAGAGAAUCAGAGGCCAGGGCCAGGGAGGUCCAUCCGCUCAGAGAAUCAGGGGCCAGGGCCAGGGAGGUCCAUCCCCUCAGAGAAUCAGGGGCCAGGGCCAGGGAGGUCCAGCCGCUCAGAGAAUCAGAGGCCAGGGCCAGGGAGGUCCAUCCCCUCAGAGAAUCAGAGGCCAGGGCCAGGGAGGUCCAUCCGCUCAGAGAAUCAGGGGCCAGGGCCAGGGAGGUCCAGCCGCUCAGAGAAUCAGGGGCCAGGGCCAGGGAGGUCCAACCGCUCAGAGAAUCAGAGGCCAGGGCCAGGGAGGUCCAUCCCCUCAGAGAAUCAGGGGCCAGGGCCAGGGAGGUCCAGCCGCUCAGAGAAUCAGGGAGGUGAUAUAAACAUUGAAAGAGAGCGGGAGGAGAAGAAGUUUAUGGAGGAGAGCCUUGGUCUGGGACCUGGUGGCAGCAGGCAGCAGGAGGCGCAGGAUCCACCUCCUCCUUUGGAGGAGAACUGUGGUAGCAGUAAUGAGCACCAGGAGGAGGAGUUGGAUAUGAGUAGCUGCUUCAUCUCUACGGCUUCUUGUAUUGCUAAACGACAACCACAACAGAACCCCAAACCAGAGAAGAAAACGAUUAUCCAGAAGCCUCAUGAGCCAGCUGUGGAACGGCAGGAGGAGGAAGAUCUGGAGGAACAGCGGGAGGUUAUUGUCAGGAAAAAGGAGAAAAAGGCGGAGGCCAAUGUUGAUGAUAUUGUUAAAAGAAGCACAGAGCUCGCCCUCAUAGGAAACCAGUUCGCAGCCUGUGGCCAGUUGGAAAUGGCAGUCAAGUAUUUCACUGACGCUAUUAAACACAAUCCUACAGAAUUUAAGCUGUUUGGGAACCGGUCAUUUUGCUAUGAGAAGAUGCAGCAGUAUGAUAGGGCCUUGUGUGAUGCUGAGUUGGCCCUCUCCAUGGAGCCUGGCUGGAUUAAAGGACUAUACAGGAAGGGGAAGGCUCUGUCUGGACUCAAGAGGUACUUUGAGGCAUGCCAGACCUAUAAGGAGGUAUUAAAGCAGGACGGUUCGUGUUCAGAUGCUGCUCAGGAGUUGAUGAAUGUUCAGAUCAUGCAGCUGAUGGAAAUGGGAUUUAACCGUGAGCAGAGCUGUAAUGCGCUGAUUGCCCACGGAGACUUUGAGAAGGCGGUUGAUGUCCUGUCUGGUAUCGAAGAUGAAUAUGUUAGUAAUGACUUUUCUGCGGCUGCCACUUCAGCAGAGGACAGUGAGACGUGGGAGGGAGUGGGACCCAGGCCUAAACCUCUCCUCCAAACCAGACCUAAACCCAGAUCCCCUACCCCAGGCCCUGUAUACCACGUUGCACCGGGAGGAAGCAGAAGCAAUCUCUUUCCUGUAUAUGUUGGCUGCUUGGGGCCCAACACAACACAACCCAUGCUACACAGCUUCUUCAGCAGUGCUGGGACUAUCCACAGUAUCAAGAUGUUGCUCUCUUCCCACUGUGCCUUUGUCAACUACACCAGCAUGGACGACUGUGAGAGAGCCAUCAGGACUAUGCAUGGUAAGGUGUUGAACGGAGUGAUGCUGGCUGUCCGUCACCCUGAUAAAGUGAUUCAGAAGAAACUGGGCUUUUCCCAAUUAGCUGCCACCAAUCCCACCGUCGCCAACGCACUGGAGAGGAGUCAGGAGUGCUACUUCUGGAGGACCACAGGCUGUGUCAGACACAACUGCAUCUUCAGACACGUGCCACAACACAAGGGCAUCGACAGGGACAAGGUCAACCAGUGAACAGCGGACAACCACACACCAAUAACCUGUGGCCUGGUCCAGGAAGCUGGAUCGAUGAGUUAGCCACCAGCUUACUGUCCAAAUAUGUUUGAGAAAUAUGUAAUAUAGACUUCAAAUUGAUAAGCUGUAAUUGACUCAACAAUCAAUAUACAAAUUAAACUUUCUUAAUCAACUAGAAAA